CCUUCAGCUCGGGGCCACUGCCGGUGCGCGCACGCCGCCGCACGCGACAGACUCAUGGCGGAGCGCGGGGAACUCGAUCUGACCGGCGCCAAACAGAACACCGGCGUGUGGCUGGUCAAGGUUCCUAAAUAUUUGUCCCAGCAAUGGGCUAAAGCCCCUGGAAGAGGUGAAGUUGGGAAACUGAGGAUUGCCAAGAAUCAAGGAAGGACUGAGGUAUCGUUUACUUUAAACGAGGAUCUUGCAAAUAUUCAUGAUAUUGGUGGGAAACCAGCUUCAGUCAGCGCUCCUCGAGAGCAUCCAUUUGUCUUGCAAAGUGUUGGAGGACAGACAUUAACAGUGUUUACCGAGAGCUCUUCAGAUAAACUGUCAUUGGAAGGAAUAGUGGUACAGAGAGCGGAAUGCCGACCUGCUGCCAGUGAAAACUACAUGAGAUUAAAGAGAUUGCAAAUAGAAGAGUCUUCCAAGCCAGUAAGGCUAUCACAACAGCUGGACAAAGUUGUAACAACCAAUUACAAGCCUGUGGCUAACCAUCAAUACAAUAUUGAAUAUGAAAGGAAGAAGAAAGAAGAUGGAAAGCGAGCACGGGCAGACAAACAACACGUCCUAGACAUGCUGUUUUCCGCCUUUGAGAAGCAUCAAUACUAUAAUCUCAAGGAUUUAGUGGACAUCACAAAGCAGCCCGUGGGCUACCUGAAAGAAAUCUUGAAAGAAAUCGGCAUUCAGAAUGUAAAAGGGAUUCACAAGAAUACAUGGGAGCUGAAGCCCGAGUACAGGCAUUACCAAGCAGAAGAGAAGAGUGACUGACAAGCAUGUGCUGGGACACUUAAAGGCAGCCGUAAGCCAGCGGCUCGCUCCAGGCUGACCACCUGCCAUGACAGCAGUUCCUCUCAGUAAACUGUUAAAGCUGGGAUUCCGUAACGUUUCUUAAGUGUUUUUUGGAGAGAACGAUGUUAUUUAUAAACUAACUUGUGUUAAACCGUA